AUGAAGGACCGACUUGAGACUUACGACUUAAGACUUGAGACGCGCGCGUGCCUGCGCGUCUUCAUCGGGUCUGCACCGAGAGGAGACUCGUCGGAGAAUCUCUCGAGAAACCGGAGGGGACACAAAGUGCACGAGACUGGAGGCGAGACGCAGAUAUGGAACAAUCCACUAUUCAAAGAAGACUUACCCCAAGGCGCAAACCACUCAUCAGCACUAAGGAUCGGAAAGCCAGAUUGGAAUUUGCAAAGAAAUACAAGGAUACGCAACCAAAUAUUAAGUGUUAUUGACGGUCUGUCGAGUUGUGCCAAGAGAUUAGCAUGCCUCCUCUCUCUCCUUGCCUCCUUCUUCCAUCUUCUCUGCUCCGGGGAGAAAACAUGUCCUUACAGCUGCCGUUGUGAGAGUAAAAUCGUCCAUUGUGACUCAGCAUCUUUCAUCGAUGUCCCAGAAAACAUUUCAGUAACUUGCCAGGGUUUGUCUCUGCGAAACAAUGACUUGCACACAAUGCUCCCUUACCAGUUUGCCCACCUGAACCAGCUCCUCUGGCUGUACCUGGACCACAAUCAGAUCUCGUUUGUAGACAGCCGUGCUUUCCAGGGCAUACGACGGCUAAAGGAGUUGGUCUUAAGCACCAACAGGAUCUCACAACUACACAAUGCUACGUUCCACGGCGUGCCAAAUCUCCGUAGCCUGGACCUGUCCUAUAACAAACUCCAGGAAUUGCAGCCAGGUCAGUUCCAUGGUCUUCGAAAGCUACAAAAUCUGCAUCUACGCUCCAACGGGCUGACAACAAUUCCUGUUCGGGCUUUCAUAGAGUGCAGAAGCCUGGAGUUUCUGGAUCUGGGGUACAAUCGACUUCGUGUCCUCACGCGUACUACGUUCUUGGGUUUAUCUCGGCUGAUGGAACUGCACCUGGAGCACAAUCAGUUCUCCAGGAUCAACUUCUUUCUUUUUCCACGCCUUGCAAACCUCCGUGGGCUGUAUCUCCAGUGGAACCGUAUCCGGGCAGUUAACCAAGGCUUCCCCUGGAUGUGGUAUACCCUGCAGAAGCUGGACCUGUCUGGCAAUGAGAUCCAGAGUCUGGAUCCUGUGGUUUUCCAAUGCUUGCCAAAUCUUCAGGUUCUUAACUUGGAGUCUAACAAGCUUGCUAAUGUGUCCCAUGAGACGGUGGCAGCCUGGAUUUCCCUCUCAACAAUCAGCCUCGCUGGGAAUGUCUGGGACUGUGGGCCGGGCAUUUGUCCUCUCGUCGCAUGGUUAAAGAAUUUUCGUGGAACUAAAGACACAAGUAUCAUUUGCAGUAACCCUAAACAUCUUCAAGGGGAAAAGGUUAUGGAGGCAACAAAAAAUUAUAUCGAUUGUGAUGAUUUUGAACUCAUUGCCCAAACACCGUUUCCGCACCACACUUGGGAGUCAAGUAUGGAAACUACCCCUGAGCCAAUCUUGCCUUUGACAACUGCCGAACUACCCCUGCCUCCAGCCACCUCUGAACCACCCAUCCCACCAUUGUUGGCUCAACCUCUUCCUUAUCCUACUGUCCCUGAAACCAACCCCAGAGACACCCCUCCGAAUACGCCACCACCCUCCAACAGCCUCCUAGUGACACCGUCUCCAGAACAAGAGGACUUAUCCUUCCAUAAGAUUGUGGUUGGUGGUGUGGCACUUUUCUUUACAACAUCGCUCAUCUUGAUGGUGAUAUACGUCUCCUGUAGACGGUAUCCUGGAGCCACACGGCUGUUGCAACAGCGCUCCGUGGUCGGACGGAAGCGACGGAAAAAGAGUCCCGAGCCAGAACAGAACCUGAGCUCCCAACUGCAGGAAUAUUACAUGAGCUACAACCCUGCUGCUACGCCAGAAGCCAUGGAUGUACUGGCCAAUGGGACUGGUACUUGCACAUGUACCAUAUCCGGCUCCAGGGAAUGUGAGGUAUGACAAUGUCAAGGGCAGCCUAAAAUCAAAACAAAUCAAAGCAAAUGAAACGGCUCUGGACAACAGAGGUAAACUUCUUCAUUGUGUACGCCAUUCGUACUCACUUGAGUAAGCAUCAGGAUAAGCACCCUUGACUCCUUAUAGUCAAUAGGCUUUAUGACUUAUUCCCUUUUCGCUUUUAGAGCCAGCUUUACACUGUACGAUUUUCGGCUUGAUUUUAUUCUCGUUACUUCUGUCCCGAAAACAUGCAUCAGAGAGUACAAACCAAAGUCGCGUCCCAAAUGACAUACUAUGAAUUUUAGAAAGGUCGUAUCAUCUAUAACGGAACACUAGCGAAUUUUUCACUAACUGUAAGGAAUAAGCCGUUUCCCAGUCGUUGGUCCAUGAUGUCAAACGCACGUAAUGUGACACCACUAGCUUUACCAGAGUACCCAUUUGCAACGAAAAAACAUUUAUUCAUUAUACUGUUUAUGUCAGAAUGACUUUUUAUGCCCAACAUGACCUGAGUCACCGUCAGACGGAGGCCUAAUCGUCACGUGACCCAAGUCCUCUAAGACAGUGGAAGCAUUUUAUAUUACUAAACUCGGUUUGAUGAAUGUCCACGUUUAUGCAAAUCCAUCGAUGACCUAAUGACCUAGACGUCAUCCCACAGCGUGAAAAGAGCGCUGAAAUCGCACAGUGUAAACCCGGCUUACGUUUACCAAUCACACAAUUUAGCACGUUGCACCAAGACACAUUAGAAUCAUUGAGAAUCAGGAGUCAAUGGUUACUUAACCAAACUGAUUCGAUUGCAGCAAUGCUUCACUCACUAUUUCUUUUGCACUUCAUUAUUUUAUUCAGUUUGCUCCGCCGCAGCGUUCGGAUUGGCCAUGCAGUAUUUCUUCGGGGGGAAAAAAAAAAACCCAGAGCUAUGAAAUCCAGAUGCACGGCGAACCAUUUAUUUAGUGGAAAAGUGUUAUUUUAUUGCACUUGCCAUCACUAGCGGUAAUGAGUAGCAUUAGCGCACAUAUUAAAUAUGGCCAAAUUAAAGCUUUCGGUUUGCAUUUCACGGAAGACUUAACGGUCGUACGUCUUGAUGUGAAACUGAUUUUGCUUGUUGGAUUACCAUGGAACAGAUGUCGAAUGAUUCAUUUUCAGCAAAAGGCACAGAAGGCACUUGAAAUAUAGAUAUAGAUAUAGAUCUGCAAGGCUCAUUAGUGAGGAAAGGAAACUGCUUUCCUCCUACCUGACUAUAAUUACUUGUAUUUAAUGUAGACGAUGGACUUUUUGUCUCUCUUUUAUCUCUUUUACCUCCUUCUGCAGAACCAUAUGUGCCAAUUUCGCAAGAUUAAAAUGGAAGUGGAGAGAUUGUAGGACAUUUAAUAUGGGUUUGGUGGAGUGUUUGUUCUUAGGGGUGUUACAGUUUGAAAAUAUCACACUAUGAUAACCUAUUCUAAAAAAAAAUAUAUCACAGUUAUUAAUCAACCAUUUUAAAAACACAUGAGCUGGUGGUGAAAUAU